AUGCGGUCAAUCCUGCUGACCCGGCUACUCGGACUCAUGCUUAUAUCGCCACCACCAAAGGACAUCCUCAUAGGAAAGACAAUUGGUUGUGGUACUCGGCGGGGCAAACUCUACUACUUGGACUGGGCACCGGAUAGUGCGGUCAAGUUGGCUGACAUAUCUGUCCCCAAUAGUGUAACUGAAGCACUAGAAGACCCAAAAUGGAAAGAAGCUAUGAAUGAAGAAAUGCGAGCUCUCCAAAAGAAUGUCACAUGGGAACUUGUGCCCUUAUCUCAUAGAAAGAAGACAGUAGUAUGCAUGUGGAUUUAUACUGUAAAACUCAAAGCAGAUGGAUCCAUUGAAAGAUAUAAAGUUAGAUUGGUGGCGAUUGGGUACACACAGAUACAUGGGAUAGACUACGAGAAGACCUUUGCCCCAGUAGCCAAGAUUAACACUAUUAAAGUCUUAUGGUCUCUAGCAAUAAAUCUCGAUUAG